UUUUUCUUUUGUUAAUAAGAAAAGAUAAAAUGUCUAAACGACAAACUUCAUUUGUUACUCUUCUACUAUUUUCAAUUAUUCUUAUUUAUCAUUCUUCUUUGAUAAUAGCUUAUGCUAUCUCUAAUUUAAGUGAACGUCUAAGUAACCGACAUAUUGAUCCAAAUACCAUAGGAUGUAAAUGUAUCAUGACAGUAUCCACUUUACAACAUACAGACUCUGCUAUGUGUAUGUGUUUUAACAGAAGUGAUGGGACACUUGACAAUACAAAUACGUGUACGACGUAUACAGAUACCGUAUUCAGAUUUUGCACAGAUGUAGCAAGCACUGGGUCAUGGCAAAGAUGCGUUAAACAUUAUUGCCCUUGUGACGAAGAUAAAGAGAGUUUAGUUCCAAGCAAUAAAGUGAACUUUUAAAAAAUUAUUUAUUUAUUUAUUUAUUAAAUUUUUGCUCGAUAUAUUCUUAACUUCUUAUCUUCACCACCACUAAGGAUCUUUUCAU